AUGUCGGACUCAGGCUCAGGAUCGGUGUCUUGCCGUUGGCUGGAAUGUGCAUGCGCUGGUGAACAGCAGCCCUUCACCUUUUCGCUUAACAACAGAACUUUCCUUGUAAGAAAGAUGAAGGCAGCCGAUUAUCCCGCAGUUCGUGCUCUUCUACCGCUAGUGAGCCGUUGCCAGCAGCAGCUGCAGGAGCCGCAGCUGUCGGAGGUGCUGAGGCUGUCAACGUAUAUACCUUUUUGCUGCUUCGCUGCAGCUGAUACUCCGGAUGCUACUGCUGCUGGUGCAGCUGGGUCUGCUGCUUCAAAUGGAACAAAUGGGUGCGCAUCUAAGGGGCUGAUUGAGGGGCCUCUUUGUGGGUUUUGUGAGGUGUAUAUACAGCCCCACUUGGGCCGUGCAGCAGACGGGAGGCUGGAGAGGGUUGUAGUUUCUCCUGAAUACAGGGGCCAAGGUAUAGGGACAGCAUUAUGCAGAGUUGUGCUGCAGUUUGCUAAGGAGCAGCUCGGCAUAGGUAGAAUAGACCUCACUGUUGAAAAAGAAAAUGCAAGGCAUAUUUACACCAAGCUGGGAUUCGAACCCGUACGCACUGAGACGCUCAGAUUGCAAAACUAA